UAUUGUUUCCACUGCACACCGCUGACGGGGGGAAACAAUAUCACGCCUUGGCAUUGUUCUUGCUUGGUAUGCGGCAGCCCUGCCGUCUGGUGGACCAACAUGCGGCGAGGCUGAAAGAAUACCAAUGAACAAAGCUCUUUGUGUAUUCUCGUGAAAUUACUCUUGGGGUAGAAAGAAAAUAUCAAGUUAUUGCUUGUGUAUAAAGAAAUCAUUCCAACUUAUCAGCACCACGACAUCUUUUUUUGUACUAUCUCCACCCCAAUCUCCAACCUUGAAGAUGAAAGCAUCGUGUCUGCUUUUUUUCGGCAUCACCGCCCAGGUCACUGCAAAUCCCGUCAAGCAGCGAGAAGAGACUCGACAGCCAGAACGGAUUGUGGAACUCUCUGUCGCCCUGAAACCAGAAUCUCGCCAGCUUCUUGAACAAGCCCUUGACAAUCUUUCUAGUCCUUCCAGCUCACGAUAUGGACAGUACCUUGGCCGCGAAGCAGCCAAAGCUUUACUCCGUCCUCGGCAAGCCUCUACUGAUGUAGUCCGGGGGUGGUUGUCCCAAGCUGGCAUCCCUGCUAACCAUAUUCUGACUGAUGAACAAUUUGUUUAUGUUCAGACAAACGCUGAGAGAGUGGAGGCGCUCCUGGGAGUACAUUAUAACGCGACCCGUGGUUCACAGACCUUUGCCGUUUCUUCUUUGCCUCAAAACAUCCAAGACCAUGUAAUGACCAUUCAGUACGCUCCAGCACAUCGAACAACAGCCUGUCCUCUGCUCAAGGCGAAUAUAUCCUCCCCAGGUGCGAAUACAAAAUAUCAUCCUCUUGAUCAACACUUGACGAACGCCAGAGUUGAGUGGGAGAGGUGCAAGUCUGAGAUCACGCCAGCCUGCUUGAGGAGGCUGUACCACGCCGGCGACUAUCAAGCGAGGCACGAAGAGAAGAAUCUUGUCGGCGUAGCUGGUUUCGACGGCCAAGCUGCUCAAUACCACGAGUUGGGCGAAUUCCUACACAGAUUCGCACCCUAUUCUGCCAACGCCAAUUUCUCCAUUGCAUCGGUAUAUGGAGGAACCAGCCCUCAGGGAACCAAUUUCCCUUCGAGCGAGGCCAAUCAAGAUGUCCAGUAUGCCAUUGCAAUGGGGCAAAAUGUACCGGUGCGCUUUUAUGCAACCGGAGGCCGAAACCACGAUAUUGUCCCGGACUUGGAUCUAGUCGAUCCCUUCAACCAAUAUCUCGAGCCCUAUCUCGAAUUUGCAAACCACCUCCUCAACCUCCCCGACGACAAACUCCCCAGUGUAGUCUCGAUCUCGUACGGCGCCAACGAGCAGCUCUUUCCAAAGCCCUACGCCCAGCAGGUCUGCGACAUGUUUGGGCAGCUCGGCACGCGUGGCGUCUCCAUCAUUGUGUCCUCUGGCGAUUUCGGCCCCGGGUUGUCAUGCCAGUCAAAUGAUGGUGCGAAGACGACCAAGUUUAUUCCUUCGUUCCCUGCAACGUGUCCGUAUGUGACGAGCGUGGGGUCGACGCAGGGCAUCAAUCCCGAGAUUGUGGCCAACUUUUCGGCGGGUGGGUUUUCUGACUACUUUGCACGGCCGAAGUGGCAGGAUGAAGCCAUUGGGGGGUAUCUGCAGCUCUAUGGAAACGAGUGGAAGGGAUAUUAUAAUCCUCGUGGAAGAGGGUUUCCUGAUGUGGCUGCCCAGGGAGUGAAUUAUCGGUUUUGGAAUCAUGGCAAAAGCGACUUGACAACGGGAACGAGCGUUUCUACGCCGGUAUUUGCAGCUCUUAUUGCAUUGCUCAACGAUCAUCGAUCCAAGAGCGGGCUACCAACGAUGGGGUUCUUGAAUCCUUGGAUCUAUGGUAUUGGCAACCGUGCAUUCACAGAUAUCACAGAAUCCAAGUCCAUCGGAUGUCAAGGGGAAUCUCUUUCCGGCCUCCCAUCGUCUGUGAUUCCCAACGCCGGCUGGAGCGCUGUGAAGGGAUGGGAUCCGGUAUCGGGAUGGGGAACGCCACUGUUUGACAAGAUGAUGAGCGCAUCCUGCGGAGAUGUAUACGAGGUGGAGAGUUGAUUAAGUUGUAUGUAACGGGCGAA